UCUACGGUCCCAAGACAGCAGCGCUCCAUCCCAUCGGACGAGCCGAGGCGAGCCAGGGAGUGAGGGCCGAGCGAUGGCGGCGGCGGCAGCGGAGGGGCAGGAGGUGCCGAACAAGCGGGUGAUCCUGAAGCGCUACGUGACGGGGCACCUCACGGAGGACGACAUGGAGGUGGUCACCGGCGCCGCGCGCCUCGCCGUGCCGCCCGGGUCGGCGGCGGUGGUGCUCAAGAACCUCUACGUGUCCUGCGACCCCUACAUGCGCGGCCGCAUGACCAAGCACGAGACGCCCAGCUACGUCCCCGACUUCGUCCCGGGGGAGGUUUUGGUUAACUUUGGUGUGAGCAAGGUGGUAGCAUCUGGGCACCCGGAUUUCAAGGUUGGCGAUCUUGUGUGGGGAAUCACCGGAUGGGAGGAGUACACUCUCAUCCCUAACCCAGAGUCUCUGUUCAAGAUCAAUCAUCCUGAAUUGCCUCUGUCAUAUUACACAGGUGUUCUUGGCAUGACCGGCCUUGCUGCUUGGGCUGGAUUUUUCGACGUGGGCAAGCCUAAGAAAGGCGACUAUGUCUUCGUCUCAGCGGCAUCAGGCGCUGUUGGUCAGAUUGUUGGGCAGCUUGCUAAGCUCAAAGGAUGCUACGUGGUUGGCAGCGCUGGUUCUGACGAGAAGGUCAAUCUUCUGAAAACCAAGUUUGGGUUCGACGAUGCCUUCAACUACAAGGAGGCGCAAGACCUCAAUGCCGCCUUGAAGAGGUGCUUCCCGGAGGGCAUCGACAUCUACUUCGAGAACGUGGGCGGCCCGACACUCGACGCCGUGCUGCUCAACAUGCGCAGCCACGGGCGGAUCCCCGCGUGCGGGAUGAUCUCGCAGUACAACCGGGAGCAGCCGGAGGGCAUGCGCAACCUCUCCAGCGUGGUGGCCAAGCGCCUGCGCAUCGAGGGGUUCAUGGUCUCCGACUACAUCGGCGAGUACCGCAGGUUCGAGGAGGAGAUGGUGGGGUACCUCAAGGAGGGCAAGGUCAGCUACGUGGAGGACGUGGCGGAGGGGCUCGAGAAGGCACCGGCGGCGCUCAUCGGGCUCUACUCCGGACGCAACGUCGGCAAGCAGGUGGUCGCCGUCGCCCGGGAGUGAUUGGCCUGAUGAAAAUCCAUGCGUAGGGAAGUUCAAACUUCCAUCUAUCCAGUACCGAUUGUUGUGUUAAUGCUUACCAUCAACAUGUGCCCGGAUUUGGUGUUUUGCUAAGAUGUGCUAUGUUUGAUAGAACUUUGGUUUCGGGAUACAUGCAGAAUUAUGAGUUUGUAAAAUAAAAAAAAAAUUAAAUAUCUAUUUUUAAUCUAAAAUAAUAAAAUAUAUCAACCCUCUAACUGCUCACAGCUUCAGACUCUAGAAAUUCUUAAUACUGAAACGUUCUUGAU